AUGGAGGGAGAGUGCCAAGAGCCGCAAAAAUGGACGGCGGAGGAGGAAGAAGCCCUAUUAGCUGGAGUAGCAAAGCACGGAGUGGGCAAGUGGAAGAUCAUUCUUGAAGAUUCCGAGUUUGGCCCUAUACUCACUCAUCGCUCCAACCACAAACUCAGGUAUAAGUGGAGGCGCUGGAGUGUUAGACCUUCCGGAAACUCACCGUUUAUGGCUGAUGUAGCAGCCAAGGAGGCCCAGAUAGUUUCAGACACCGAGGAGGAACAAAGAGUUUCGGAGAUGAAGGAGAUACAGGGAGUUUCGGAGACAAAGGAGAUGCAGAGAAUUUCGAAGUCUGCAGAAGACACUGAGUCAAUGCUACAGCUAGCCAAUGAGAUUUAUGAACGAUGUUCAAGAGGGUGA